AACCCUUUUCUUUAACAGGAAACCAAACAAAAUUAAUUAAAGCCUUUGAAUUCUUUCUUUCUUUUUGUUGCACUCUUCAUCCAAACCAGGCAGAGCCAAAGAAAAAGGGACGCUGGAGGAAAAUCUAGAAGAGGAGAGCUGGAAAAAUUCCUAACCUGAAUCCGAAAUAAACCGGCAGAGCUACACGGGCAAAAAAUCAAAAACUGCUGGACAGAGUUGGAGAACAUUAAAGUUUUUUUUCUUCUUCUUGAUUUGGACCAACAACAACAAAUCCAACUCCCCGAACAGCCGGCGACAUGCCCCGGAGGAAGGCGGCGGCGGGGCCCGUGUGGGAGGCCGGCAACGGGACGGCCCGCGCGGCCGGCAGGAAGCGGCCGGGCCCCGGGCCGAGGAAGCGGGGCCGGCCCGAGCGCGGGGCCGGCGAGGGCAGCAGCAGCGGCGGCGGCGGCAGCAGCGAUGAGGACGGGCCCCGGGAGCUGCUGCUGGCGGCGGCCGAGCUGGACGGGACCCCCGGCGGCAAGAGGGCGGCCAGGCCCGGGCCGGGCGGCGGCCGAGCGGGAGGCCAGGCCGUGAUCAUCAGCGAGCCCGAGCACAGCAAGGAGCGGAUCAAACUCGAAGGGUCCAAGUGCAAGGGGCAGCUUCUGAUAUUUGGAGCAACCAACUGGGACCUGAUUGGCCGUAAAGAAGUGCCAAAGCAGCAAGUGGCUUACCGUAACCUGGGCCAGAACUUGUGGGGGCCUCACAGGUAUGGGUGUCUCUCAGGGAUUCAGGUACGGACUGUGGUUUCGGGACCAUGUGCAGCUCAUAGUCUGCUCAUCACCACAGAGGGGAAGCUCUGGAGCUGGGGUCGUAACGAGAAAGGGCAGCUGGGGCAUGGAGAUACCAAGCGCGUGGAGGCUCCCAAACUCAUUGAAGUUCUCAGCAACGAGGUGAUCGCAUCAGCAGCUUGUGGGCGGAACCACACGCUCGCUCUGACAGAGAGUGGCUCUGUAUUUGCAUUUGGAGAGAAUAAGAUGGGACAGCUUGGUCUCGGCAAUCAGACGGAUGCAGUUCCGAGUCCCACUCAGAUAAUGUACAAUGGCCAACCUAUUACCAAAAUGGCCUGUGGGGCUGAAUUCAGCAUGAUAAUGGACUGCAAAGGAAACCUCUAUUCCUUUGGGUGCCCUGAAUAUGGACAGCUGGGACACAAUUCCGAUGGGAAGUUCAUCGCCCGUGCUCAGAGGAUAGAGUACGACUGUGAGCUGGUGCCCCGUCGCGUUGCCAUCUUCAUCGAAAAGACAAAAGAUGGGCAGAUCCUUCCUGUCCCUAACGUGGUCGUGCGAGAUGUGGCCUGCGGUGCUAACCACACGCUUGUUUUAGACUCCCAGAAGCGUGUGUUCUCCUGGGGCUUUGGUGGGUACGGCCGGCUGGGCCAUGCCGAGCAGAAGGACGAGAUGGUGCCACGGCUGGUCAAGCUCUUUGACUUCCCGGGCCGUGGGGCGGCUCAGAUCUAUGCCGGCUACACCUGCUCCUUUGCUGUCAGCGAAACAGGUGGUCUGUUUUUCUGGGGAGCCACAAACACCUCCCGUGAGUCAACCAUGUACCCCAAAGCAGUGCAGGACCUCUGUGGCUGGAAAAUCCGCAGCUUGGCCUGUGGGAAGAGCAGUAUUAUAGUGGCUGCAGAUGAGAGCACAAUCAGCUGGGGCCCAUCUCCGACCUUCGGUGAACUGGGCUAUGGAGACCAUAAACCCAAGUCCUCUACUGCAGCCCAAGAGGUGAAAACACUAGAUGGAAUUUAUCCAGAGCAGGUGGCGAUGGGCUAUGCCCAUUCUUUGGUGAUAGCCAGGGACGAAAGCGAAGUGGAGAAAGAGAAGCUAAAGAAGCUGCCCGAAUACAACCCGCGCACCCUCUGAUAAGGCCAGGGCCCCCGCGCCCCUGCCAUGGCAGCUGUCCUUUCCAAUGUGCACUGGGACCGAAAGAGAUUGCAGACCGGCAUCGAGACCUGACCGAAGCUUGUUGUUAGACUUUCCGAGGUUCAAUUUUAUAAGCGAUUCGCAGUUUUAACUACCUGUUACUGUAUCAUUUCCAAAGUGUUCGGUUCUUUUAAACAUUUGACAUUUGCUCCUGGCUCACGAGCUCCCAUUCCGAUGAAAAUGGCAGGACCUUUUGGCAUAUAAACCCCACGUACUUUGUUUGGUGAGCAGCGGAACAGCCGCUGACGCGUAAGAAUGGCCACAUGGCGCUUGUUGCAUUGAAUUGAGGAGAAUCCCAGCUGUCAUUAAGAGCUUGGGGGAAGAUUUGGAGAGGCACAAAUGGCACGUGAGCACCCAAUUCCCAUUGCCUUUCAAUGGAAGUUUAGACCCCUAAUAACCCUGUGUGCCUCUGAAAAUCUACCCUGAGAGUCUAUGGGGCCAUCUCUUUGGUGAAGUCAACUGCUGAGAUCUCUCUCCAGAAGCAAAUUUACAUUCUCAUCUCUCUAGUUUUAAUGUGCUGGUCCCUGUUCUGGGUGAGGAGCGCCCCAAGGAGCGGGUAUCCAGCUGUGUAACCUCUUGGUAGAUUAAGCUGCAGGACUCUGGCUGCCACCUAUUUCAUGGCUGUUUCAUAAGCAUUGACCUUUUUGUGUGAUUUUAAAUUGUUUCCAUUCAGAUUAAAAACCUCCAUCGAGACAAAAUCUAGGUCAACGCGUUCAAAUAGCCCCUGGUGCCUCGGUAGAUGGGUACCCCAAAAUCUGACACACUUUGGGGCUCAUUUUUCAGCAGAACGAGCACUCACAGCUCCAGUUGAAAACAGGAUCUGCAGGUGCUCACCCACUCUGAAAAAUGAGGCCCUAGGUGUAUGUCAAGUCGGGCAUAAAAACUUGCGGUCACUUAUGAAAAGGCUGGCACAAACGGUGCUCCUGAGCGUUCAUUGUAAAUGAGGUUGAUUCUAAAUGAGGUUGAUUCCAAGGGUAGUUGUGUUUGUGUGAGGUUUUCAUCGCAAUUUGCCCAGCUGACGUUUUCUUUGAGAGUCUGAAAUCUUCAGAGAUGGGCCUAAAUGAAAACCCAGGAUCCAAACACCGCUGAAUUUGUUGGGGAUGGGAGGGUUCGAUCAGAACGUUGUAGCCCAGGCCUCUCCCUUUGGUCGGUGAGAUAUGGACCUUGAUCAAACUAGUCUUAUUUGCCUGCUUAAUACAUACUAUAUAUAAGAAGUCCCACUGCAGUCAGUGGGCUGCGCUGAGCGCAUAGCUGAGCAUGUGCGUAAGUCUUUGGAGGAUCAGGGCCUCAGACAGUAGGAGGGUUGGAAUUAGUCAGAAAACAACCCCUCAACACUGACAUUUCAAUAAAUGUCUUUUCCCCUAAAAACUUGCGGUUUUUGACCAGAUCCCUGCAGGCAUUCGCUUGGGGAUCCUUUGUCUUCCUGCCCUUGGAAAUUACUGCCUCCUGCUGACCCGCAAACCCUGUCUAUACAGUCACAUCCGAUUCCUCCAAACUGGGUGUUGGAGCAGGUGCUGGGCCAGACUCUGCUGGUGAAAAUGGGCAGCAGUUCCACCAGCAGGGACUUGGCCCUCGACUUGACUCUUGCGCAGCUGUUGAACCAAAUUGGUUUUACUGGCGGAGAGAUGCAAAGAGCUCCCAGCCCUGGACGGUUCGGAGGUUUAUUAUUUUUCGAUUGCGAUCAGAUACCCGCCAAACGUUUCUUCCGUUCCAGUACUCUGCUCUGUGCUGGAGAAACAAAGGUGCCUUUUAACAGAGUGCUCUGCUCUGUCUCCACACAAACAUGAGCGUGGCUUUUCCUUUCUCGUUACCCUAGCAAGUUGCACUGUUCUCUAGAGGCAACGUUUGCUGGCAUCCUGUUACACUGCAGUUCUGGAAUUCUUGCAGUACUUGCUGCAAAAAAAUUUUUUUUAUUGUGUUAGAGUAAAAAAUUCCUCGAACAUGGAGAGCAGCUGGGUGGAGAAGUUCUGCAAUUGAGUCUUUGCUGUGCUAGUUUAAUAACGUCAGUCAGCCUUUCCUGUUUACAGUAUUGAGUAAAGCCAGUGGCCUCAAUCUUAACUAUCUUCCCCCCUCCUCUGGCCAGGUAUCUCGGGCCCAUUUGAAAACCCAUUGAAUUUAAUAGGAGUUUUUUCUAUUGACUUCUGUGAUUCCCUAGACUUUGGAUCAGGUGGAUUUCCAGAAAAGUGGGAUUUCCCUUGUCAAACCACAGGUGUAGCCAUCUGCAGCGUCUGCACCUGGUUAAUUCUGCAUGGAGCAGCAUUGAGUGUUUAAUGAAACUGAACUGAACUCCUGUUCAACCAGGUGCCUACGUGUGCCGUUGUUGUUAUAAAUCACCUUCAAGCAGUACGGCCGCAAUUUUUCCAAAAGAUCCGACUAAUUUUGAGUGUCUGUUUAUGGGAGGCUAAUUUUAGCCACCUGGAAUUUCUUUUGCUUUGUUUUUUUCUCCGCAGAUGCACUAGGCACCCGGAGCUCCCAUUUGAAAUCAAUUGUUGUCAUGGGCACUCAGUGCCUCUGCCAAUGGGCCCCCCAGUGUCUUAAAUUGAACCCCUUAAAUUAGUCAGCCUGAAAGUAAGAGAGAAUUGUCCUGAGAAUUGAAAUCCAGGCCAGAGGUUCUGCUACAAUCAAACUCACCUGAGCCUUUUCACCCAAAACCUUUUCACCGAGCUACAGCUGCGGCCUGUCUGUGUCUCUUCUCUCUGUAAUGCUUGACUCCAGAACAAAAAUCUCCCUUCAGGCUGUGUCCUUGGCUCGCACACUAGCCCAUUAACAGAUGCAGGACGUGGGCAGACAGAGGUUUGACUUGCCCGUGACCUGUUCCCAAGACAUUGGGCUGCAGCACUGGAAAUCUUCACUCUUACUGACCCUUUCUGGGGUUGGGGAUUUGCAUGCCAGAGGGCCGUGUGCUAACAGUUGCCGACUCUCCAUCUGACCUAGGAUUAAGCUGAGUUUCAGCUAUAAUUUUUCCUUAGAUUUUUUUUUUUUUUUUUAAGUAAUCCAUUUAUUCUCAAACUAGAAAAAUUCUCCAGGAAGAUGGUUUUGAGAAAACGGCAAAAUCUAUCAUUCACCUUCACCCCAAAAUUUUUCAAACCAAAAGGGGCUGAACCUCCCCAGGUAGGCAGAGUCCUGCCUGUGGUAGUUAGAAAUUAAACAUUAUUCACGCUCCUCAUUAACUUCUCCCCCAGCUGCCUUCUUCUUGCUCUUACCUUGGGAGAGUGAAGGAGAGUCUGAGAAAAAGGAUCUUGGAGCAGUUUUUGAUUUAGACGAGAUGAAAGGUUCCUGGGUUAGUGCUGUAUUUGUAUUUUCAUGUUUUUUUAUAUUUCUUGGAGUAAAUGUUUAAAUAAACA